GAGAGCACCGAGCCCAUUUUUCAAGUCCGUGGCCCUUCGGCCCCGCUCGGGUCCGUAGAAACGAGCCCACUCUGAUGGUAUAUAACACCGGGUAGGGAUAAAGAAAGCAAUGGUGGGGGCAGGGCCGCUGAGUUCUGCUCAGUGCCCGAUGCACCGUCGAUCGGUGUGUGUCUGUUGUAAUCUUUUCCGUUCAUUUUUUUUCCUUAUUCUGUCUUCUUGCAUCACGCGAUUCUUUUUUUGUUGUUGUUCUCUUUCUGAGAGGUAAAAACAGUCUCCGAUUAAAUACGGAUAAGUAAAUCUGUAAAAAGGAGAGAAAGAAGUGAAGAACUUUGUUAAUUAUAGUUUCUUUUUUUUUUUUUUCAAUCAUCCUAAUUCUCAUACGAAGAGACUCUCUCACCAAUCGAAAGGAUGAUUUUGUUUUGCGUUAGAUUAGAUAUUCAUAGAUAGAAAGAAAGGUGUUUGAGAAUGCGUUUGCAUUCACUUGGAACUAUCGCGGAGACGUUCGGUGGAUCGCGAGGCUGUUGUUACGCGUGCAACAAGUGGUACUCGUUGUCGAUGACGACAGGGCAAUGCAACGACCGACCAUGGACCUUUUAAAAAUAGUCAUUGUCCUGUGAACAUUUGUCUAAAUAGUGAAUAGUGUGGGUUUUACAAGGACGAUAAAUAAAUAGACAAUAAUAUAGAACACACAUAUAUAUAUAUCUAUAUAAAACUGUUGAAAAGUAUCUUUCUCUUUGGGAAAAAAAAGUGGCUCGAGGUCGUGCCUUGAGCACGAAUCUUCGAAUUCUUCUCUUGGCUCGUGGCACGCGAUGCGAGAGGCGAUCCUCAGCCUCGUGUAACGUCGUCUGUGAUCGUGUCGACCACGACUACUGGGUUGUUACCAUCAUUAUAAUAACCCACACUCUAUUUUUCCAUAUUUAAAAAAAUAACAAUCUAAACCUCGAGAACAAUUCGUGUCACUCGGUAACAUCUCGACAACAACAAUAACAACAAAAAAAGAAAAACAUUCCAUCUUUAGCGAUGAUAUUAACGUUGAGAUUGCAUUCCCAUCAAAAAUUAUUUAAUAUUAUCCUUGAGUGGUUAUCUACAUCAUCAUCGGCCAGGUCAGUUGUUUGACCAAGAAUCAACAAGUGAUCACAAAACACCGUGCUUUACGCGGAAAGAAACAAUAGGAACAAUAAAGAAAACGUAUUAAGCGUGAAAAGUAAAAGUGUAAAGAACCUGUAAAUAUUUCAGGCCCCUGUGCGUCAUCCUUACUUGAAAGGAGUGGGGGAGUGUAGGGGAGGGGGGAACAACAAAGGUCCUCUCUCAGGGUCGUUGAAAAUAAUGUGUCUUCAUUUUUCGAAAAAGAACUUGAGAAUCGAGAGCGCAUAUAGUAGUCGACCAUGAUGAAGUUCAAAUCGCUGUUUCGCAGAGGACAGCAAAGCCAGCAGCAGCAGCAGCAACAACAGCAGCAGCAGCAGCAACAGCAGCAGCAGCAGCAGCAAUCAACGCAGGGCACACAACAACAACAACAACCACAACAGCAACAGGUCCCCCUGCGUCAGGCCCCGAGCGCCUCCUCGCUUGAAACAAAAACUGAGAAUUUAUCGACAGAAAACUGGAGUUCAAUCGGUAAAGAAGUUCCCAAAAGCAACGCAAAGAACCAGCAACAGCAUCACAAAGGACCCGCUAAGGGGUCCAGGAUGCAGGAGCUGGAACGGGAGAUCGAGGUCUUACGAAAGGAUCGUGCCCGGCUUGAGGCUGAAUUAACAGAAGCAUCUAAUGACGCUCAAUCUCUACGCGAGCUCAUAAUUGAACUCGACUCUCUCAAGGAGCAGCAUAGUCUGGAGUUAGAUCGUCUUACAGAAGAGAAUGAAGCUCUUCGCGCCCGUCUUAGGAAUGUAGCUCAUUCUCCGUUAUCUGAUUCAGAGAAGCAACAGUUGCUAUUAGAUGCAUCAAGGCUUCAUAAUUCUGCACCAGCUUCGAUUGCUAUACCUCAAGAUGAUAGCUGUACGCCAAAUGCAAAUAUAUCACAAGAUAAUGCGCAAUGCACGACUCCGGAUUGGGAUAAACAUUCCUCUAGCUCUAUAUCAGAAGUUUCAGUGGCUUGUCUUCAAGACAGAAUACUACAAAUGGAAGAAACGCAUUAUUCAACUAAUGAAGAGCUACAGGCAACUAUUCAAGAAUUGAGCGAUUUACAGGCUCAAUUGACCGAGUUACAAGCUGAUAAUGAAAGAUUAACAGAAGAAAAGGGUGUUCUUUUGGAAUCAUUAUGUCGACAAACAGAAAAACUUGAAGAUUCAAGAUCUAAAGUUGAUACAUUACAAGGACUUUUGUUAAGAGAAGAACAACCUCAAGAAUCUUCUAAGGGUUAUAACACAGAAAGGGAACAAAAAUUAGUCGACUUGUUAAAAAGUGCUCAAGAAGAACGAGAGGCUUUGCUUCAAAAACAAGAAGAAUUAACAUCAGAAUUGAAAAAUUUAAGAACAACUGCCGACGCGAAUGCCACUGAAGCUGAGAGAUUAAGAAAAUGUGUCAAUUUGCUUGAAUCAACUAUAGAAACAGUCAAUAUAGAACGUAAACAAUUAGAUGUAGAAUUAGCAGAAGCACGUCAAGAGGGUGCAAACAGAAGCAUAGAAAUAAGCAGAUUAGCUACCUUGUUGGAUAAUGCCAGAGCUAAGAUAGAAGAAUUAGAGCAAUCAAGACAAGUAGAGAAUAAAAGUGAAGCUGACGAAUUAUUAGAUGCUGCUAGACGUGAAAAGGAUACAUUAGAAACACAAGCAGCAGCUUUGCAAGAACAACUAGCACGUUCACAUUGUGAUCAUGAUCGUCUUAGGGAUCAAUAUUCUCAGCUUCAAGAAGAAUACAAGGUUGCUCGAAAUAAUGCUAAAUCAGCUAUUGACGACUUGGAAUAUAGAUUAAAUCAAUUAAAAGAUGAACGACUUUCUGUUAGUACAGAAUUACAAUUAGUAAGAGACUCUUUAGCAGAAUUACAAACACAAUGUCAACGACAUCUAGAAGAUAAAAGAGAAUUGAAGGCUGCUCUUAGUGAAGCACAAAGAAGAGAACGCGAGGCACAGACUCAUCAGUACGAGUUGGAACGUGCUUUAGCUGAGGAACGUAAAUUGAGACAAGAAGAAAGUGCUGAGUGGGAACAAUUCCAGACGGAUUUACUUAUGACAGUUAGAGUUGCUAAUGACUUCAAAACUGAGGCCCAAAGUGAAUUAGAACGUGUGGUACUGGAAAACAAAACGCAAAGAGAUAAAUUAAGAUCAUUAGAGGCUCAACUAGAUAAACUCAAUAAAGGCAAUACCACAGUGUCCAACAAUAAAAUAUUUGAUACUACUAGCAGAAGUAAACGAAAACCGACUAGUAUAAUAUUGAAACGUGGACGUACCAUUACAAAACGUCCUUACGAGAUAAGAAGACACAUGCCACCUAAUAAUUUUGUUCAAAAAAUCAUCAAAGAUAAUUCAUACAAGUUAAUAAAUAAACAUAUCGAACUUACUCCUAUCGAUGCAACAACAAAGGAUGAAAAUAUUACAAAGUUACGUAAAGAUGAAACAGAUUUAGGCAGUCCGUGUUCUGUCAAAGAAGUUAUUAAUGUUGACGAAAAAUUAAUGUCUGGUAAAGAGAUUGAAUUUUGUCCAGCUUCUCCCAUCAAAACUAAAAGUCCUGAUAGAAAUACUGGACUAAGUGUACUCGAAAGUAAGAAUGUAGAUUCAACGAAGGAAGAAAAUAUUAAUGAAAAAUUAUCUACUAAAAAACCUAUAAAUAUACAGGAGAGAGAAGAACUAUAUUCGGAGAUAAAUAAUAGUACGAAUAUGGAUAUAGAAAAGACUUUAGAAAAUGAGAAUAAUCAUCGUAAACUUUAUAUUCCUAGAUCACUUAGCAUGUAUAAAAAUAUAACUUCUAAAAGCUCUCUAUUAAAUAGUAUUAAAGGAAUUCAAACUAAUGAUCAAAAUUCAUAUGGCAUUAAUAUUUCUAACAGUCAAUUUUUCGUACCGAAAAAUUAUGUAUAUUCCGACAUUGAUACUUCAAUGGAUGAUCUCAAAUUUGAAGUUGAUCCUGAGAUGAGCAAAUUAUUGCAAAAUAGUACUACAAAGAAAAUACUUAACAAUGAAACUGAUUCAAAUGCAAUCUCAGAAAUAAUUUCUUGUGAAAAAUCUUCUACGAAAGAUUCAUCGAUGAUAUGUGAAGAAACUGUUACCAAAGAUAUUCUUACGUUGGAUAAUAAAGAAAACAACUCGUCGUAUGAACUUACGAAAGAAAAUAAUUCAAUGGAAGAAAUUGUUAAUUUGACUGAUAAAAAGAAACGAUUAUUUUUAAAAAAAUUUGAAUCUAAACCUAGUAGCGAAAUAGUUGAUUCACUUUUGGAUAAUAUACAAUAUAGACCAAAAUUGAAUCGGAACAAUUAUUUGCGACAUAAGAAUUUUUCUAAUUCAUUAGAUAAUCUUGAUAUCUAUAAAAUAACUCAUAACAAUGUUGACAAUAUACAGACUCAUAGAAGUUACGAAUCUCUUCCAAUAAUUGAUUACGAAGUGAAAAAUAAAACAGAAAAUAAAGUAGAAAAUACCAAGGAAAAUCAAUCUAAUCUAAACGAUGAAAAACAAAAUAAUAUUUCUACCAAUGAUAGUAGUGACAAAUCUCCUGUAAAAUCUGAUUAUCGUUCAACGUAUGAUACGAAUAAUACACAUGCAUCAAUUUACAGACAAAGGAAUAUUGAAACAAAAUUUCAAACAACUACGAUUACCAGCAAGAAUAAAGAUAACAAUUACAGUUCAAAUAAUAUUUCAACUAAAUUUCAUUUAGAAAAAGAUCAAUUCAAAAAUGUAGAUUCUUUGAAUUGUCGAAGAAAGAGUACAGGAAAAUCAAUGUAUGAAUUUAACAAAUCGAAAUCUUUUCAAUAUCCAAAACAUAAUUAUUUAGAAAAACGUAAUUCUUAUCCAUCUGCUGUAUCAUCUAUGAAACAUAUUCCUAUAUCUUCUAUUUGCAAUACGACGAUGCAUUCAAUGACACCAUCAUCAUACACAUCAAGUAGAAAUUCAUCUUAUACUUUAAGAGACAACACUCAUCAAACAUCCGAACAAUAUUCUCCUACUAGAAUGUUAAAGAAAUCAUUUAAAGAUAUAUCCAAAUACAACAAUGAUUUACAAAGUGACAGAUAUUUAGCUCUAUGCGAAGCUAAUCGUUUGAAACGUUUAAAAUUUUUACGAAUGAAUUUACAAACGGAUUACGAUAUAAUAGAAGAUAAAAAGAUACAAGUUAGUAGUAACAGUCAUGUUAGAAAAACAUCAUCAACAACAAACGGUGGCAAUUAUAGUACGAGUAUUGUACCAGAUGUAUCACAAAAUGAUAGUAAUUUUUCCUUGCUAAGCAAGGAUCGAAUGAUAGGUCGUACAUCAUCCUUGAGAGACAAAUUUGAGACUAUCAUUGAAGAUGUGGAACUGAGAGCUGGUCGACGUUCACUAAUAGGAAAAACUUGCGACCAUCGGGUCGAUUUUUCAGCAAAUCAAAAAGUUGUACAACAGCCACCACCACCACCAUCAUCAAGGCCAGCAAGUACACCAACAGAAACUACACAACAGUGUGUAUUAACAAGUGUACGAAAGGCUAAUAUUUCGCGCCAAGAUUCCAGAUUAUCUGUUAAAUGUUUAAUAGAAAGUAUUGAAAAUGCAACAAAACAAGCUAAAGCUGGACCUGGAAGCCGCAGCAGUUCAACGUCAUCUUUGAAUUCCAUUGGAACAAAUGAUAUAAUGACACUGAAAUCUCCCUUAAGAGAUCAACAACAGAUAAAUAAUUUAAUUUGUACAUCAAAUUCACCAAAUAAUAAUAAAACACAGACGGCUAUUAAUAGGAAACCAUUAUCAGAAACAAAAUCAGCAGUACCUGUGGUUUUAAGUCCUGGUGAACUUUUGGAUUCUGCUGCACUAAAUGUCAAGGCUAUUGAUUUUGUUCGUCGAAAUAGUGUGGCAGAUUUGUCAGAACGUAAAGAUCCAUUAUGCGGUUUAAUCAAGAAUGGAGGUUCAAAGAGAAAUGCAUUACUUAAGUGGUGUCAAAACAAAACAUUAGGCUAUCGAAAUAUCGAUAUAACUAAUUUUAGCAGCUCUUGGAAUGAUGGCUUAGCUCUUUGUGCUAUUCUUCAUUCUUAUCUACCAUAUAAAGUACCGUAUGAUACUUUAACGCCUGCCGAAAAAAGAAAAAACUUUUCCAUCGCAUUCUCUGCAGCUGAAAGCGUUGGCAUACCAACUACUUUGAACAUAGGAGAAAUGUGUCAACUGGAACGACCUGAUUGGCAACAAGUCAUGACAUAUGUGACUAGUAUUUAUAAACAUUUUGAAACGUAAUCGUGGUCAUUAUCAAAGAUAUCAUCAUCAAGCUGUAUCAUCAUCUUUUUCCAUCGAAUCCUCUUACAUUUAUUUGAGUGAUCAAGAACAACGGCAUCUAGUCAACAACUAAAUUCUGCAAGAUACAAUUUUAUACGAAUUUUUUAUUAUUGCUGGAUUAGAGCACUGCCUAAUUACACUGUAUAUAUAGCUUUAUGUGAAAGGAUCUUAUUAAAUCAUACAGAGAAUUCGAUGGAAGACUAUACAUACACACCAAAUGGAAUUGCUUUUUAUCAUGAGACUGAAAAACUUAUUUACACAUGUGUACGCAUACAUAUACUAUGUAUAGUUAAAAACCAAGAAAUAUGGAUAUUUAAAUCUAACGAAAGUAUAUAAAACAAAUACCUUUUAUAUAUAAAUAUAUAAAAGGAAAAAUUAUAUAUAUAAUAUAUAUAUAUAUAUAAUUAAAAAUGCAAACUUCACGACCUUCUAUAAUAAAUAUAUAAACUGUGCUUUGCAGUGUCUUCUUGGCAGAACUAUGUUAUAUGCAUUGCAACACGUUAUGCAUUGCAAAUGCGAAAAUACAUGUUUACAUAGUAGAGUCUUACAUAUUUGCAAAUAAUAAAUGUCAAGUAUUUGCGUUCCUCAUACUGUAUUUUUGUACUUGGAUUAUUUUUCGAAAUACUUUUGUAAAUUUACGAACGAUGUGUACAGAACUAAGCGCCUUAAUUUAAGAUAUCUAAUUUAUUGCAUUAGUCAUGUUUAGUAGUCCACUAUGAAACAAAGCAAGCAGCAUAUUAUUAGAAGAGAUUGUUUAUGUUCUAUUUUACUGAAUGAGAUAGGAUUAAAAAAAGAAAAAGAAGAAAUGAUUAAAGGCUAAGUUCUCUGUGAUAUAGGAAGAUAGCCUCGAUACAGAGAUACAGACGUUAUCGUUAUUGUUCUUAUCAUUAGCGCUAAUAUUAAAUAUCGUCCUUGUCGUCGUUGUUAUAAUAAUAAUAAUAAUAAUAGUAAUAAUAAUAUAGAUAAUAUG